GAUCCGCCCCGCCCCUCUCUCCCCGGCCCGGGACCGGCCCGGUCCGGCCCGUGAGGGGAUGGAGGGCGGUAGUGGAGCUGCAGCAGCGCCCGAUGGGGAGCCAGAACCAGAGUCAGAGUCAGAGCCGGGGGCUGGGCUGACGCUGGGGCCAGUUCCGGGCGCUCCCCUGGGCUACCUGCACGUCCUGUGGCAGCGGGAGGAACCUACGGGCAAGAUCCCGGCCCGCCGCCUGCGCAGGGCCGCCCGCCUCCACCGCCGGCUGGGACCGACCGGCAAGGAGAGCCACGCUUUGAAAAGGCUGCGUGAAGCUGCCAAUAGCAACGACUUGGAUACAGUGCAGCAACUCCUGGAGGAUGGGACUGACCCCUGUGCCGCGGAUGACAAAGGCCGCACAGCCCUGCACUUUGCCUCCUGCAAUGGCAACGACCACAUUGUGCAACUGCUUCUGGACCAUGGGGCUGACCCAAACCAGAGAGACGGUCUGGGAAACACCCCCUUACAUUUGGCUGCCUGCACGAACCACGUUCCUGUCAUCACCACGCUGCUGCGCGGAGGGGCCAGAGUUGAUGCCCUGGAUCGAGCUGGUAGGACCCCGCUGCACCUUGCUAAAUCAAAGCUAAACAUCCUCCAGGAAGGACUCUCCCACAGCCUGGAGGCUGUACGCCUUGAAGUGAAACAGAUUAUCCAGAUGUUGCGGGAAUACCUGGAGCGUCUGGGGAGGCAUGAGCAGAAGGAGCAGCUGGAUGACCUCUGCUCCAGGUUACAGAUGACUAGCACCAAGGAACAGGUUGACGAGGUUACAGACCUCCUGGCCAGCUUCACAUCGCUCAGCCUGCAGAUGCAGAUGGAGAAGAGGUAAUGGGCUUCCAAAUCAUCUUCCUGAUGCACCCUGAGAAGACUUAAAAAAGGAGGAAGCUGAAGCUUGCUUCCCACAUCGCUGAAUAAACAUUGCUGCCAGCGGCCGUUCCUGCCAGAUCCACUCUCCCAUGGUGCUCAGACUUCCUGUGGGUGCUGCCACAGCUGCCUUAUAGGAAGGCAGUGGGCUUUGGACAACAGAGACAGCAGUGCUGCAGCUGAGACUCUUGGAAAAAAAGAUCUGCGCCUUUUUAUUAGAUGGGCUGGCACUGAAUAGGACACCCCUUCCUGAGAUAUUCUGUUUUCUCCUGAGCUGAAGCUUGACGUAGGCGAUGGCUGAUGCCAUGUGCAGUCACCAGCACUGAUGAGUGCCCCUCAGCAGUUGGGCAACAUCACAGAAGUGUUUGGAACUGAGACCUUUUGCCACCUCUACGGUACUCGGUUGCACGGGGGAGAAAGUGGAUGCACUGGACAGCAGAAGACUUUGUGCUGUGAGAAGAACAUGCACCUAAUUCUUCAUGCUAGCAGCUGAGCAAACAUACUGCCUUGAGAAACAUGCACCGAGACUUAAUCCUAACCCUCCCCACAGCCUGUGGUCAGAAAAUCUGUUUGGUUACAAAUGGGAUACAAAGCUUUUAAUCACUAGACUAACAGCUUUUGUUGGCCCCGUUUUCUAAAUCACUGCUGCAAGCUGGUGCUAAAAUACUACAGUGAAACACUUGCAAAAAAUACCCAGAUUGCUAGCUAGCAGGUCAGAGCUGCCCCAAUGCAAGAAAAAGGUUUUGAGGGAGGGUGAUUUAAUCCUACUGCAUGUUUAGGCAGACAUCUACAUCUUGCAAAAAACCCCGACUAUAACUGGUUUCCGAUUGUUGGCAGCCUUGGACAAGAGGUCCAGUUAAAAGAGGAGGGUUUAUGCUGCCCCACCAGCAACCAAACCCGGAGCUGAUCUGUACUUUUUUUUACUUAUCACUGAGAGGUGCUGCUUGGAGACCUUGAAUGCAGCGUUAGGAACAAAUUCUGACCUCUGCUGGGAGCCUGAAGUGGUGCAGCUAUGACGGAUGCAGGGAAUUGCUCUUGCUGCUCUCUUGCUUCUGCACAACUGUGAUUAGUAACUAUGAUGCAAAUAGCUUUGUUUUCGAGCAGGGAUCCAUGAAAUCUUGUAAGUAGGGCACUACCAGCAGCAGGGUGACAAGAAGAUGCCCAAUUUUAAUCGUGAGUUCCUACCUAAAUGAGAUAGUAGGCUGGUAGCAAUACCCACCCCACAGCUUGGGAAUCACUGGUUUGAAAGUGUUCAUUCUUAGGAUUCAGUUCAACCAUACAACAGCCACAGUUUGGAGCAUUCUUCAGGGACCUUCAGGUCAGCAGCUUCUUUCACAUCUGGCCUCUUAUCCAGGAAGAGGCUGGGAAGACCUUCAUGUUCAAAGCUGAGACACAGAAAUAUGCAUGACUUUUUGGUUGAUUCAUCCAUGGGGUGCUGGAGGCCAUGACUGGGACUGUUGGUUUCCUGGUUCGACUGGAGCUGUCACUGUGAAUACUGAUACUUUGUUAUGAUAUACUGGAUGGGAAGGAUAACAGAGGGGGUAGGAGACAAUCUGAUCUUUUUUCUAUUUUGAAUUUCAAUAAAAUCCUGUCAGCCUUUUCA